AUGGCAAACAUCGAUCAGACAUUUGUUCAAUCCAAUUCCCCUCCAAAGAUACAUGCCAGUCUAGAGCAAAAACCGGCGGAGGCCAGCGAAAUUAUUCGCAACGCAUUGACGAAAUCGUUUGACUCUUUGGUAACAAUCACUCAGCUCAUAGGUUCUCCAGGUACCUUUGAUGCACCUCACAAGUUGGUUCAUCUUGUUCCUUCAAAGGAUUCUUGCUCAUCACAUCUCGAGUUUGGCACUGCAUACAUAGCCCGUGCAGUUUUCGACCACCUCGCUCUCCACUCUGCCGCGAAACUUGUUGAUAUAUUUCAAAAUCCUUCUUCUGACAAUGCAUUGGUUGGAAAGCUCUUUGAGGUUUUUGCUAUGGGUGUUCUCCUAAGAGGAGGUAAUUGGACCAUUGUGUCAAAGGAUUGCAAAACAGAUGUGUGA